AUGGCAGAUCCGAGGAGCCUCCACAACACACUCGCCGAGAACCAUCUCUCGGAAGAGUCUGAGGCGAAGGCAAAGAAGAUCAGCGGCAGCAAGGAUGAGGGCAUCCUGCGCCUGACGCUGGCAGCGUGGAAAGAGUACACGUUCCAUGCUGACAACGAUGAUGACGAUGUCUCUGAGCACGAGCUUGAGGUGCUGAAAGAGUUCGCGCUGCGGGAGUGGCCCAGUGACCCAGAUGCAUCUGCUGCCUUGACCCGCAUGCUGACAGCCGAUCUGAAUAGCAGCAAGGCAGAGGAUGAAAGGCGAAACCCUUUCACGGAAAGCUUCUGGCGGAAACAUGUCGUCACUCGACCACACUCUCGAAAAAGGAUGAUGUGGGACCUUUUCGGUCUCAUGCUGGUCAUAUGGGACAUAUUUGCAAUCCCCAUGACCGCUUUCGAGCAGUUGGCGGACGUUGCCAUGCUCACGGUGGUCAAUUGGACCAGCACUGUGUUCUGGACCAUCGAUCUUCCAACAAAUUUCUUCAAUAGCUUCUAUCGCGCAGGGCAUGUGGUCCUGGAUCCUUGGGCAAUUGCAGUGCAGUACCUCAGGACGUGGUUUGCCAUUGACAUCAGUGUUUUGACGUUGGAUUGGUGCUUCCUAGCUUUGGAUGCGGCAUUCGGCAGCGACAAUGGCGGUGAUGAGGGAGCGAGCAACAACUACCUGAGAAUAAUGCGAAUGUCGCGUGGCCUAAAGAUCCUUCGGAUCUUGCGCUUGGUGCGGCUGGCCAAGCUGUUCCCCAAGUUCCACACAGCUUUUGUGGCGGUGCAGUCGGAUUCGGUGCGCCUCUCGCUGGGGGCGUGGUUUGCCGUCGUCAUCGUCGUUGUCAUGAACCACUAUGUUGCAUGCGGCUGGUUUGCUUUGGGGUACUGGGACACCUCUGCCCCGGUGACGUGGGUCGCGGUCCAUGGCCUCACGGGAGACGAGACGCCCUUCAAGAGAUCUCUCGGAUAUCAGUACUUCACGUCCCUGCACUGGGCGCUGUGCCAGUUCACGCCAGCUGCGAUUGAGGUCAACGCCGUCAACACCUCUGAGCGCAUCUACUCAGUUUGUACGAUCAUAUGCGGCUUGAUCUCGUUCUCCUCCUUCGUGUCCAACAUCACAUCCUCAAUGACGCAGCUACGAAAUCUCAACAGUGAGAAGCAGAAGCAGCAAGCGUCCCUUCGCCGGUACUUUUCCCAAAAUGAGGUGCCUCCUGAAGUCAGCAAGUGCAUCUACGACUGGAUUAGUAGCCAUCGGAAGCAUCAUCGAGUGCGCGUUCACGAAGACGAUGUAGAACCUUUGGCUGAAGUGCCGGAGCGCUUGAAGUUCAAGCUACGUGAGGCGGUUUACCGUCCAGUUCUUUGUCGUCACCCGUUCUUUGUCGAGUUUCGGGAGGCAGAUGCGCGGACUUUGGACAGACUUUGUCACCAUGCUUUGUCGGAGAUCAGGGUCAGCACAGAGCACACCAUCUUCAUCAAGGGAGAGCAGGCAUCUGGCAUGUACUUCGUGACCAGUGGUGACCUGGAGUAUUGGAGAUCUGCCUUGUUGGAUCCAGUUCCGAUUCAGAAAGGCGACUGGCUCAGUGAGAUUGCACUCUGGGUGAGUUGGAGGCAUUGCGGCACGUUGGCAGCAAAGUGCCAGAGUGAUUUGAUGCACGUGGACACCGACAUGUUCAGAUCCGCUAUCGCCGCCUGCAGCAAGGUGGGCCGUCGCCUUGUCCGUGGCUAUGCGGCAGCCUUCGUGCGCCACGAGUGUGAGGCCCAACCUGCUGGAGCGUGGCUUGGGGACCUGUGCUGUGGUCAUGAGGCCCUCGCUGCCUUGCUGCAAACGACUCUGCACAAGAGCCAGCCGCUGGAGGAGCACCUCAAGAGCAUCACAGCGACGGAUCUGUUCAAAGACCACUGCCGGCAAUCGGUUGUGCCCACCAUGGCGGACAUGACCCCCGUCCUGACCGUCGAAGCUCGCGACGUGAGGAAGGCCAGGACAAAGCUUGAGCUGUAG